AUGGCCCUGGGAAUCAGUGCAGCUAAUUAUUUAACUAUCCAAGCCUCACACUUCAGAACAGACAAGAUCACCCAUGUCAACAUACAUGGAUGGAAAUCAGAUGAAUGGCAGCAAGACACGUGCAAUGUGUUCCUAAAAGUAGAAGAUGUGAAGUGCAUUAAUCUAGACUGGAUUAAUGGUUUGCUGAAAUAUAUCCACACUGUAAGCAAUCUCCGCGCUGUUGGUGCUGAGAUGGCUUAUUGUAUUGAUGUUCUUGUGAAAAAAUUUGGAUAUUCCCCUUCUAAAGUGCACUUGAUUGGCCACAGCUUGGGAGCUCAUCUGGCUGGGGAAGCUGGGUCAAGGACGUCAGGCCUUGGAAGGAUAACUGGGUUGGAUUCAACUGGGCCGGGUUUCCACAACACUCCAAAUGAAGUCAGGCUGGACCCCUCAGAUGCCAACUCUGUUGAUGUUAUUCAUACAAAUGAAGUUCGCUUCCUCUUCGAGCUUGGUGUUGGAACUAUUAAUGCUUGUGGCCACCUUGACUUUUACCCAAAUGGAGGGAAGCACAUGCCAGGAUGUGAAGAUUUAAUUACACCUUUAUUUAAAUUUGAUCUCAAUAUUUACAAGGAAGCUAAAUACUUUCUAAAAUUGUUUUCCUUCUUUGAUUGGAACCAUGCCCGAAGUCAUCGCUUUUCUGCUGAAAGCAUUCUCAAUCCCGAUGCAUUUAUUGCUUAUCCUUGUAGAUCCUACAGAUCUUUCAAAGCAUUUCCUGAGCAAGUUGUCCUUACUCAUAUCGUGGCUGGUGAACUGCUGUUCUUGGAAAGCUUGCCACCCAACCACUGGCACGUCCUCAAAACCUUCUUCAAGCUCUAG